AGAUCACGCUGCUGCUGCUGAGCCAAGACGAGGUGGAGGAGAGAGAGAGAGACGGAGGGAGAGAACGAGAGGCAGAGUGGGAAGGUGAAGACAUCUCCUCCAACACUCGCUUGCUGACGCUCAUCUCUGAGGCCCUGCUGCCACAGUAUGAGACUCUGCUUCUGGAGCCAGAUCCUGUACCGGUGUAUGCUCUCAAACUGCUGGUGUCGCUCACUGAGCACAGCUCACCCAUCAGCAGGCUUGUUAGAGAGAGCAGUCUCCUGCCUGCUAUCUUUCAAGUCAUAGAGGAGCACCAGAAUAACACAGUCGGCAGCACGAUGCAGAACGCCAUGGCUCUCCUCUGCAAUCUGAUUGGACAGAAGGGCACAGACCUCCGACCAUUCUACCAGCAAGGUGCAGUGCAUCUGAACUUCGUUCACUUUGAUAUAUAUCGGCCCUCCGGUUUCUAG